AUGGCACCAUGGAGAGACAACCCCUGUUUCAGGUGGGCCGAUGGGAACCAACAGCUCCAACUACAGUACCCAGGUCCAGCAGAAGCCCAACAGAAUUGUCCUAACUGUAGACAAGAAGGACCACAACAUAAUUCGAACUGGUCAGGAAAGAAUCAGGAAGGGCCAAACAACUGGAGUUAUCGCAAUCAAGGGGAUCAACCCAAUUGGAACAAUAGGAACCAGAGUAAACAAGGGAGUUCUUAUGUGCCACCACACCAGAGGAACGCCAUGGGAAACAAUCAGAAUUUCCAGCAUACACACCAGGGAAAUCAAGGAUCAGGGAGUCAGUUCAGCAACAAUCAAGGAGGUCAAGGGAACUAUCGCCCAAAUCAGGGGAGUGGACCGGGCCAUAAUCAAGGGACAAGUUCCAUUCAGCCGAACUAUAAGCCUCUGAGGAAUCUGGAUGAUAUGGUACACGACCUAGUCAACUCUCAACAACAUAUGCAGAACAAUAUGCAGGCAAACAAUGAUGUGGUACACAAAAUUCAAGAUGCACAACAAGAGCAGAAGUCUGCCAUGGAUAUGUUGGCCAAGCAAAUGUCGCAAUUGGCCACUUCGUUGAAUGAGAUGAGGGGACACGAGGGAAGGAUACCAGCUUCAGUGAAACCACCUGACCGGGCAAAUAUCAGUCAGAUUACUCUGAGGUCAGGACGGGGCUAUGAGGGUCCAGUAAUGAAAGAUGAUGAGAGUGUACCUCCUAUGACAAGCAAGGAAGAUGAGAAACUGACCACUGAUCAAGGGGAUACUGAGAUAAGGAACACCAGGGUAGAAGAUGGCCUUCAAAAAAGUGAUUUGGAGAAGCCACUACCUCGUAUGGCCGAUCCAUUUUUCUUAGACCCAGAGCCUGAAGUGGAGAUUGAGGAAGUAAGGAAAGAAAUCGGAGAAUCUUCAGUCGGGGGUCCAGCAGGAACGUUGAAGCGCAUGAAGCUAUUUCCUCACCGAGGGGAGGCUAAGAAGAAGAAGGAUGACACUGAAGACUUCAUGGAGAUCUUCGGCAAACUGGAAAUCAACUUACCGUUCCUACAGGCUCUGAAGCUGCCUACUUUCAGCAAAUUCAUCAAGGAGUUCAUAGCUGGAAAAACCAAACCCGACGGGAAGAUAGUAAUUGGAGAAAAUGUGUCGGUUGUGAUACAGAAGAGGAGAAUGCCAUCAAAAUGCACAGACCCAGGUAUGUUCACUUUGCCCAUUUCUUUGGGUGACAUUAAAAUUGAGCAUGCAAUGUGUGAUCUAGGAGCCUCGAUAAAUGUUUUACCACUUUCGAUAUAUAAGAAGAUGAUAGGGGUAAGUCUGGUUGAUACGAAAGUAGUAAUUCAGUUAGCCGAUAGAACAUGCAUUUCACCCGAAGGUGUGCUGGAGAAUGUGAUAGUAAAAGUGCAUGAUUUCCUGUACCCAGCUGAUUUCCAUGUAAUAAAAAUGAGUGAUAACGAAUCUGCUGAGUCUAGCGGAGUGCUUUUAGGAAGACCAUUCCUACGCACCGCUAAGACUAUUAUUGAUGUGUUUGACGGGACUAUAUGCCUAGACUACCAUGGGGAGAAAUACACCUUUAGCAUUGAUGAAGCCAUGAAAAAACCAUUGGAUGUGGAAAAUUUGCAUGUUGUUGAUGUUAUUAACCCCCUGGUCCAGGAAUACCUUGAGACCGAAUUAAUGCAGGAACAGUUCAACAAUUCGGAGUUGAGUCAGUCUGUUGACAAGGAGGUGGCAGGGUGGUGUGAAACCCUAUUAACUCGAACCUGA